AUUAAAAACAAAUUAAAAAUAUUUUAAGUUUUCAAAUAGAAUUUUAUUCUACAAAAAUCAAAUAUCAAUUUAAAAAAAUUAUUCUCAAAUUAAACUAUUUUUUAGAGUUGUUUUAAAAAAAUAGUUACCAAAGAGUAAUUUGAUGUUUUUACGUAUUUUUUAUGAUUUCAUUUAGUUUUGACUUUUGAAAAUAGUUUUUUUUAUAAAAAAGAAGCAUCCUAUUCUUGAAGUUUUAAAUUUAUUUUUAAUAAGAAUUUUCUAAAAAAACGUAGAAAGAAAAAAUAGAAAAAAAAAACUGUUUUCACAUAUAUAUCGCUGCAACCAAACAUGGCAUAAUUAAACUAUUGAACAUCGCAUUUUGCAAUUGAUUCUUGGGUGGAUAUAAUAGAAUUUUGACCAAUGGAAAGUGUGACUUGUGUCUUAUGAUCAUACCAACUGUUUGGGAGACAUGCGUCGUACCUAAUGCCUAUGAGGUAACAUGCAUAACUCUUGACAAAAGAAGCCACUUCUGUAAUGGAGGUUGCUCUGAAUAUCUUGAUUGCUUGUUCUUGAAGCUUUAAUUUGCUUCAAAAUCCAAUGCUUCUGCUCAGGCAUGGGAUUCCAGGACUCACAAAUAUCAUUCUGAUCACGAGCAGCAUGGGUUAAAUCUGGGGAUUAUGCGGCGGCUGCUGUUUGGGAAUUCUACACACAUGAUACAUGUCGAUUGCAAUGAGGGUUCCUGCGUCGGAAUUAAGCUGGGUCCUGGAAUGGGAAGCUAUAAAAGGAGAGAAGGGACGAAAAGAAAUAGGUAAGAGGAGUGGUUCGGCAGCUGGGAGGGUGUAUUGUGGGAGAACAGAGAAGCUUUUGGCUUCUGAAGGCUCAAGGGGAAAACUAAAAGAAGUCACUGCCGUGGAAAUGAGAAAUUUUGGUGCCCACGUUGGAGUUUGCUACGGAUUACUGGGGGACAACUUACCACCACCCCACGAAGUUAUACAUCUCUACAAACACAACAACAUCCCAAGAAUGCGGAUUUACUCUCCCCUCCCACAUGUCCUCCAAGCCCUCAGAGGCUCUAAUAUCGAGGUCAUGGUUGGUGUAGCAAACGAAGAUCUUUGCCACAUUGCUACCAACAUGGCCAACGCAUAUUCUUGGGUCCACAACAACAUUAGAAACUAUGCCAAUGUCAAUUUUCGAUACAUAGCUGUUGGCAAUGAAAUACAUCCUCCCGCAUGGGAAGCAAAUCAUCUCCUGGGGGCCAUGAAAAACAUUCAUCGGGCAAUUUCAGAGGCUGGACUUGGCAACCAAAUCAAGGUCUCAACCCCCUUCAGCACCGAGAUCCUUGGAGAAUCCUACCCUCCAUCCAAAGGUUCCUUCAAACCCCAUAUGGAAUCAUUCAUUAAUCCAAUCAUCCGAUUCCUAGUGGACACCCAUGCCCCAUUUUUCCUGAACAUGUAUACCUAUUUCAGUUACAUUGGCAGCCCUCAUCUCAUGAGUCUGGAAUAUGCUCUCUUCACAUCUCCCGGAGUAGUGGUGCAUGAUGGGCAGUUUGGGUACCAAAACAUGUUCGAUGCAGUACUGGAUGCUGCUUACUCAGCUCUGGAGAAGGCUGGUGGGGGUUCUUUGGAGAUUGUUGUGGCUGAGACUGGUUGGCCAUCGGCUGGUGGGUUGGCUUCGACAGUCGAGAAUGCUAGGACUUACAACACAAAUUUGCUUCGGCACGUGAAGGGAGGAACUCCCAAGAGGCCUGGAAAACCUAUACAAACUUACCUAUUUUCCAUGUUUAAUGAGAAUAAGAAAGAACCGGCGUUUGAGAAACAUUGGGGCCUCUUUUAUCCAAAUAAACAGCCUGUAUACCAUACUCGAAAUUGAGUGCAGCAAAGGGCAUGGUUAACUAUAUAUUAUCCUAAAUAAGGGCUCAUGAGUGCUGAGCUGCCGCGUGCCGCAUGCAGCAUGCCGCAUCAAAAAGUGUCAUGCAGAGCUUUAUAUGCUUACUGUAAAAGCGCCUUAGAAAGGCUAGCAUGUUUAAUAAAAUAGUAUAGUGCUUUUAUCAUAUAUCCUUAUAUGCCAAUCUCUUCCCUGAUUGGCUGAUUCCUAUCCA